AUGCCUGAAUACCUGAAGUUUGGAAAUCACACUACUGAUUCGAGUCUGAUUAAACAAUUAGAAAACAGCAAGGAAAAGGAGAAAAAGUAUAAAAAAGUUUGGGAAAUUCUUAUUAAGUAUGUUAAUGAUACAGAGCAUCAAGACUUUAAAGGAUACAUUAAAACAAUACCCGAAAAUAAACGCCCGGAUUGUGUAAAGAGAAUGCUGAUUAAGACUCGUUUGGAUGGGGAGGAAUAUAAAAAAUAUAUUGUUAACCGUAUAAAAUUUUAUGUUGAAAAUGACAAAUAUGAAGAAUUAUUGUCUCUUCUAAUAGUCGAAAAUGGAAGAGAUUUAUUGGGAAUUAUAAAAGAGAUGAUUGAACAGAAUGGAUUGGGUGUUAAAUUUGAAUUGUUAAAAAAGAUAUUUGUCGAAAAAUUUAAACAAAACGGAAUAGAGAUUGGAAUUAAUCAAAACAAUGAAAAUCUGAUUAACGAUGGGAUUUCAACUGUUGAUAAUGACAAUGGACAAGAAGAGAUUGAUUUGAGUUAUCCGCCAUCUGAUACUUCGAGCCCAACUUCAGGAAUCGAGUCAGUAAAACUCAAGUGA